AUGCUCGCUGGCUCAGGCGGCUUGGCGCAACAGCAGGAAGCCCAACCGCCAUCCGUGGCAUGGUAUGACGAGAUUCCUGGAAGUAUCUGUGGUCCUGAGGAUGGCCCCUGGCCCCGCGCCUUCACCAAUCUCACGACGUCCGAGGCAUGGAAUAAGUUGUCGCUAGCAUCCGACCCUCAAAGCCUUGCUUAUGGUACUGGUGAGAAGUGGAGAGCUGACGCUCUCAACUUUCAGCCCUUUUCUGGUGCGAAAAGUCAGGACCGCUACGCCAUGCAGCAGCUGCACGUAGGCGGCCGAAUAUGGACUCUCACCGCUGUAUUCGAUGGACAUCUUGGAGACGCUACCGUGCAACACGCCGCUUACCACGUACCUAUCAUCGUCCGCGAGUUUCUGGAGGACCUUGACAAAAAGCAUGGUGGACGUAUUGUCCCCCCUCCGCUGAUAGCGGACGUAUUCAGCAGUGCCAUCCGCGCAUUCGACGAUGCGAUUGCCAAUGACGUCCUGGAGCUAUUUCCAGGUGGUUUACAUGCUGCUAUAGGGAUGCCCGAUCAGCAGAUCCACACCAUCCUCAAUGAUCAACUUGUGGGUGGAGAGAACUUUAAACGGGCAAGGCUUUGCAUGUAUGGUACCACUGCACUUGUAGCACUUGUCGACCCUGAUCACACUAACUUGUGGCUCGCUAAUUUGGGCGAUUGCCAAGGAGUUAUGGUAUCAGAGACUGCGCCUCAGGUCUGGAGUUAUGAAGUCUUGACUCGGGUGCACAACGGACAGAAUAAACGCGAAGUGGAGCGCGUGCGAAGGGAACACCCAGGAGAAUCGGAGUGUAUCGUCGAUGAUCGGGUUUUGGGAGCUAUUGCCCCUUUUCGAUGUUUAGGUGACACGCCAUUUAAACAGCCUCCGGAGUUCACGAGACGCAUCCUAUAUAACCUCUUCCCGGGUAACCGCGAUAUUUCUCUGUGGGAGGAAUUCCUAGUGCGGAACAAGACCCCGCCAUACAUUUCUGCGGUGCCCGAGGUCACACACUUUCCGCUAGACCGCUCGCAGGGGCCUCUACGAAGAUACCUCAUACUAUGUUCGGACGGAUUCACCGAUAUCUGUGGACAGCACCAGCGCAGUGUAAUUGACCGAUGGUUACGAAGUAUGCCUGUUGCUAGUGGCCGUUCUGCUACGAUACCACCUAAUAGGGCUUUACAACUACUAUGGCAGGGUCUCGGAGGCGAAUCGGUUAGCAUUUCUAAGACAUUGACACUUGACCUUGAUGUCCCCUGGUUAGAUGACAUCAGUAUUGUGGUUCAAUCACUGUAG